UUACAUCAGAAAACCCUUUCUUCUCUUCCACAAUUUCUCUUUUCUCAAUGGACAGAGGCUGAGACUCUCUCUCCAUAGAGAAAAAUCUCACUCCCUUUGCCCAUUUCUCUAAUUUCCAAGAAGAUUUUCUCAGUAAGCAAACAUGGACUUGUCCACAAAAUUCCACCGCUUAGACCUUCACUCUUCUUCAUUCUUAACUGGUUCACCUCUACGUCCUCCUUUUAAGCAAAAUUCAUCUCUGCCCAUUAUCACAAAACCAAUUUCAGUAAAAUUUCCUUCCACAAGACCGACUUCAAGAAUCACUGCCCGUUUAUCCACAGCCACCGUUGAAACAUCAGUUGCUGACGCAGACACAGAUACUACAGACAUCGAAUCCUUGUUUUCAAGCAGUUCUGGUAAUGAUUUUGACAAAAGAGCCUCCAGAAAGCAGUCAAAUACUGGUGCUUCAGGUAUUACAUCUGGUAUAAAGCUUGAAAAUAUUAGUAAAAGCUAUAAAGGUGUAACUGUGUUAAAAGAUGUGACUUGGGAAGUGAAAAAAGGUGAGAAAGUUGGAUUAGUGGGUGUUAAUGGAGCAGGGAAAACUACCCAGUUGAGAAUUAUUACAGGGCAAGAAGAAGCUGAUUCAGGGAAUGUAAUUAAAGCAAAACCAAAUAUGAAAGUUGCGUUCUUGAGUCAAGAAUUUGAGGUUUCAUUGAGUAGGACUGUCAAAGAAGAGUUUAUGAGCGCAUUUGAAGAAGAAAUGGAGAUUGCUGGGAGGUUAGAGAAGGUGCAAAAGGCAAUAGAAAAUUCCGUGGAGGAUUUGGAGCUUAUGGGUAGAUUAUUGGAUGAGUUUGAUUUGUUGCAGAGGAGAGCUCAAGCUGUGGAUUUGGAUGAGGUUGAUGCAAAGAUUAGUAAGUUGAUGCCUGAACUUGGGUUUGCACCUGAGGAUUCUGAUAGGUUGGUGGCUUCUUUUAGUGGUGGGUGGCAGAUGAGGAUGUCACUUGGAAAGAUUUUGCUUCAGGAUCCGGAUUUGUUGCUUUUGGAUGAACCAACAAAUCACCUUGACCUUGAUACAAUUGAGUGGCUUGAAGGUUAUCUCCAGAAGCAAGAAGUGCCAAUGGUUAUCAUAUCGCAUGACAGAGCCUUUCUUGAUCAAUUGUGUACAAAAAUUGUGGAGACUGAAAUGGGUGUGGCCAGAACGUACGACGGAAAUUACUCUCAGUACCUUGUGUCCAAGGCAGCAUGGAUUGAAUCUCAAUAUGCUGCCUGGGAGAAGCAGCAAAAGGAAAUUGAGCAAACAAAGGACUUAAUAAGCAGGUUGGGCGCAGGAGCAAAUUCUGGUCGUGCUUCUUCUGCUGAGAAGAAAUUAGAGAGACUUCAAGAAGAGGAUCAAAUAGAGAAGCCAUUUCAAAGGAAACAAAUGAAGAUCAGGUUCCCAGAGCGUGGAAGAAGUGGAAGAAACGUUGUAAUGAUUAAGAAUUUGGAAUUUAGUUAUGAGGAUCAGGUGCUGUUUAAUAAAACAAAUCUCACAAUAGAAAGAGGUGAAAAAAUUGCCAUCAUUGGCCCAAAUGGAUGUGGAAAGAGUACUUUACUAAAAUUGAUUAUGGGUUUAGAAAAGCCAAAUGCCGGUGAAAUUGUACUUGGGGAGCAUAAUGUACUGCCAAACUAUUUUGAGCAGAACCAGGCUGAGGCACUUGAUUUAGAUAAAACAGUACUUCAAACGGUGGAAGAAGUUGCAGAGGACUGGAGAAUUGAUGAUAUAAAGGGACUCCUUGGGCGUUGUAAUUUCAAAGCUGAUAUGCUUGAUAGAAAGGUUUCCCUUUUGAGUGGUGGUGAGAAGGCACGACUAGCUUUUUGCAAAUUCAUGGUAAAACCUUCAACUUUGCUAGUUUUGGAUGAACCGACCAAUCAUUUGGAUAUAACUUCAAAAGAGAUGCUUGAGGAGGCCAUAACAGAGUACACGGGCACAAUUAUAACAGUUUCUCACGACCGAUACUUCAUAAAGCAAAUAGUAAAUAGAGUGAUUGAAGUUAAAGAUGGCAAGCUACAGGAUUAUGCAGGCGAUUACAAUUAUUAUUUGGAGAAAAACCUUGACGCUAGGGAAAGAGAACUUGAACGCGCAGCAGAGCUUGAGGAAAAGGCUCCGAAAGUGAAAGCCAAAUCAAAGAUGUCAAAAGCUGAGAAGGAAGCUAGGAAGAAACAAAAAGUGCAGGCCUUUCAAGCUGCAAAACAAAAGUCCAAAGGGCUGAAGAAUUCCAAGAGAUGGAAAUGAGAGACAUACACUGUAAAUUGAUUAGUUACCACACUUCAUUGAGCUAAUUUUACAAUGUAAAGAGCCUAGUCGACAGGGGAUUGGGCCGAUGUGGCCUAUUUUUCAGCAACAUACUUGACCAUUGUAAAUAUUAUUGAUAGAAAGCAGGUUUUUGGUUAAGGUUGCAAUUUGAAAUCUUGUUAUUAAA